AUGAAGUUCGCUUUCGUCGCCGCCAUUAUUUCCGCCGUUUCUGCUGCCAGCUUGCCUUACUGCCCUCUCCCUGAGCCUGCCCAGCCUGAAGCCCCCUCGGCUCCUGCUCCUCCCGCUUCCUCUACUGCUCCUGCUCCUCCCGCUUCUUCCUCUCCUGGCUCCUCCAGCAGCGGCUUUGCUGUCGGUGAUGUUGUUGGCAUUAUCACCAUCCACUCCGGUAGCGAUGUUCAGUUCCAGGGCGUCGGUGUCAACCCCGACAACAAGCUCGGCAUCCAUGCCACAACCGAGAACGUCAACUACGUCCUCGAGAAGGGCAACUCUGAUGGCACCUUCCAGGUCAAGAUCCAGAAUACCAACAACUUCCUGGCUGUCACUGCCGGUUACCUCGAGAUCCAGCCCAGUGCUGGUAUGGACUGGACCAUCGAUGGCAGCGACCUUGUUUUGAGCACUGCCGGCAACCGUGGUUUCGUUGUCUGCCCCAGCGACGGUAACACCAUCAAGUACUCAUCUGACAACUGUUCCGACCCCGUUGGCGUCGCAUUACACCUUGUCAAGCCUGGUUCUUCGCCCUAG